UUAACCCAAAGUAACCGUCCCGUGUUUCCGUUUGCUUCGCCUGGUCACCUUCCGUGGUGCCUGUGGCUGUGUACGCGGUCGUCUCCAUCCGACCCAUCAAUCAUCCAAAAACUAAACCAAAUCUUCCCCAUCGAUCCCAACUUCCAGUCGAUCUCCUCGCUCGGCUGUUGCCUCCCAAAGCCGUGCCUUACAACGAGAUUCCUCCCCUCCUCUCUCCAAUAACCCUAGCCUCCUCCGCCGCCGGCGACGAAUCCGGUAAGCGUCCUCGCUUCUGCUAGAUCCACCGCCUCCAGAUCGGUGCGGCCCGCGACUAGGGAGAGGGUCGGUCGCGAUCCGCCGUUCCUCUGCCUUAGGUCAUCGCGGUCGGCGUUUUGAGUUUCUGUUGCCAGCGUAGCCAUGUCCAUGUUCAAUAGGAUCUUCGGGAAGCCCAAGGAGCAGGCCAACUCCAAUGCCUUGGCCACUCUGGACAAGUUAAAUGAGACUCUUGAUAUGCUGGAGAAGAAAGAAAAGGUGCUGGAGAAAAAAGCAGCCGCUGAGCUUGAGAGAGCCAAGGAGUUCUCAAAAGCUAAGAAUAAAAGAGCGGCUAUCCAAUCCUUGAAGAGGAAAAAACUUUAUGAGCAACAAAUUGAGCAGCUUGGAAAUUUUCAGUUGAGAAUCCAUGAUCAGAUGAUCAUGUUAGAAGCAGCUAAAGCUACAACAGAGACUGUUGAUGCAUUGAGAACUGGAGCUGCAGCUAUGAAAGCAAUGCAAAAAGCAACAAACAUUGAUGAUGUAGACAAGACCAUGGAUGAAAUUAAUGAACAGACUGAAAAUAUGAAACAAAUUCAGGAUGCUUUGUCAGCUCCUCUCGGAGCUUCUGCUGAUUUCGAUGAGGAUGAACUGGAAGCCGAACUUGAAGAACUGGAGGGAGCAGAGUUGGAAUCUCAGCUUCUGGAGCCUGUUGCAGCUCCUCCGGUGCAUCCAGUGCAUGCCCCAGCCAACAAGCAACCAGCGCGCCCUGCUCCACAGAAAGCUACAGCUGAAGAUGAUGAGCUUGCUGCACUGCAAGCUGAAAUGGCAUUGUGAUCAGGUUUCCAAUGAAGAGGUGGAAUGUGUAUAUGAAUGGCGUUAUGCUACCAAGAUGAAAGUUGAGUCAGGAUUUAUUAUAUUUGCCAUGUGUAUAAUCUUGGGGGAUAUUUGGCAAGCAGAAAAAAAGCUGCUCCAGGCAGUGUUUGUUUCAGUGAUUUUGGGCUCUGUUUUCCACAAACAGUUUAAUGUCGCCCGGUUAGCUCUAAGCUAACUAUUCAGGUCACCAACGUGCAUUGUUUGUCACAGUAUUUUUCAUUUACCCAUAUUGUCUGGAGCCAUGUAAGAGUGUUGGAACGUAUAAAGCCUCAGGGUACACAUUUGAUGUGCCGGUUUGCAGCUAUUUCGACCUCAGUCAGCAUGUUUCAUCGUUGCAACUGAAUUA